UAAAAGGGUUGGAAAAUGGAAGUCCCAGUUUAUAACACACCUGAGGCCAACAGUGAGACUAAACAGUGUUACUCCCGGUCAGGGCUCCUCCCACACAUUACACAACCUCAGGACGAAUUCCAGGCUUUCCUGUCUAACUGGUCUUUGGACCUGUCUCUGUUGUUCACAGUGACUAUGCUAAAACAAGGGACAAUGUCGCCACUGAGCAGUGUGAUGGAGAGCCAGGUGCUCCAAGCAUUUUCCACUUACGCAAUUAUUGUCAUCCUGAAGAUGAUGCUCAUGUCACCUCUGACCUCUUACUUCCGCCUGACAAGAAAGGUGUUCGCAAAUCUGGAGGAUACCAAAUUUGUUUCGUCAGAAGCAGACAAGAAGCUUGUCCGCACAGAUCCCGAUGUGGAGCGGGUCCGCAGGUGUCACCUGAACGACCUGGAGAACAUUGUCCCCUUUGUGGCGGUCGGUCUCCUCUACGCCUUGACUGGACCCGAGCUGUCGUCGGCCCUGCUUCACUUCCGCCUCUUCGCGGGCUCGCGGAUCCUCCACACGGUCGCCUACGUCGGUGCUCUGCCUCAGCCCAGCCGGGGUCUGUCCUGGAUCCUGGGCAUGCUGGUCACCUUCUCCAUGGCUUACCGGGUGCUCAGCACAGUUCUCCUCCUGUAGACACGGCACUGGACCACCACAAUACAUACAAAAAUAAAUAGACUAACGUGUGCAUCUACUGUACAUUGGAACAUAUCAUUCAUUUGUGUGGAUUCCAUGCACUAAAUUCAUUGGUUCAAUCAUACAUUUUGAAUUCUAUUAAAUUGGGCCAUUUAUGGACGCUAAAAAUGAGACGGGUUACAAUUUUAAAGAAAUGAAUGUAACAAAAAACAUAUAGACCCUAACACUAGCUCAUAUUUGCCAUUAUUACUGCAGUGACGGAGUCAAAGUGAAUGCAUUAAGACAGACAGUGACGGGUUCUGCAGGCUCUCCUGGAUAUAUUUCUGAGCAAAAGAGGUAAAAGAGGAAAACCCUACUGUACAGUGUUAUGUAUGGUAAGUAUAUUAUGUACAGGUUAAAGAGUUAGACAUUACAGUGACAUUGUCUACAACCGUGAGUCGUCUAUUGAAAAACAGGUCUCACAUUAAAACACCAGUAGCCUCUUAAAACAAGAUGAUUGAUAUGUAACAACAAUAUGAAACAAAUGACUGUUGCACUAAAAGUUCAUCAAAAAUUAAAUUUAAUUAAACCUCAGAGUCCAAAGUUG